AUGUUAGCAUCUCAAUCUCCACUCUUCGGCCACCAGUCGAUUCCACCGCCAAAAAGUGGCCGGAAACCGCUACAACCCAAGAAUACACUCCUCGCUCCAAUCACUCCCAAUGAAAAUCCAAAGCCAAAGCAAAAUCCUGAUUGUAUUGAAAUCUCACUGGCAGACAACUCCAACAAGGAGAAUUUUGCUCCUUCCGAUUAUUAUGCCACACCUAUUAAGGCUCCAAUCGAAUCCUUUGAUGCGUCGUUAGCUGAGGAGCUAAGUGCCAUACGAGAAAAACUGGAGAGACUGAAAAUAGAUAAGGAGAAGACUGAGGAGACACUGAAAGAAAGGGAUUUGAUACUGGAUAUGAAAAUGAAGGAACUUGUACAAAGAGGGGAAGUGCAGAAGCAUCUCGAAAUUGAAGUUGAUAGAUUCACUACAAGAACUCUGAGAUUUGGGCCAUCAUGGCACAGUAAACGCCCUUGGAUAAUCAAGGAGAGGUACCUAAUCACAUUUCUCAUGGGAAUGUCUGAGAUGGGGACAAUAGAGCUAGCCCUUAUAGAAUGGCCUGAAGAACACAUUUAUUUUUUUUCUAAGCCACCAGUAAUUAUUCGGUUGUGUAACGUCAUACUGUCCUGA